AUGUCCUCAAUCUUUCCAACUUGGUUCAAUGAAGCAAUGCUACUCCAUCGAAAAGGUUACAAUACUGAACCAUUCAAUGGUGACAUGACAGCUGAACGAUUGAAAUAUCUGCUUGGUAUUCAGUAUUAUUCGAAUUUAUUCUCGUCAUCUGCUCUGAAUCUUUCAUCGUCGGGCACAAGUGAUAAAUCGGACAAGAACGAAGAAGAAAACGAUGAUGACGAUGAGAGCGAAGUCAAUAGUUACAAAUGCAAUGAUUGUGACAAAUGUUUCUCAACGUCACAUGGUUUGGAAGUUCAUGUUCGACGGAGUCAUUCAUCUGAUUUAAAACCGUAUUCAUGUGAUCUAUGUCCGAAGAUGUUCGGACAUUCACUCUCCCUUGCUCAACAUCGAACAACUCAUACUCAAGAACGAUGUUUUCAAUGUAAAACAUGCGGAAAAUGUUUUAAGCGUUCAUCAACACUAUCAACACAUUUACUCAUUCACUCAGAUACUCGCCCGUAUUCAUGUAUGCAUUGUGGCAAACGUUUUCAUCAAAAAUCUGACAUGAAAAAACAUACAUAUAUUCAUACGGGAGAAAAACCUCAUAAAUGUAUUGUUUGUGGUAAAGCAUUUUCUCAAUCAUCAAAUUUGAUUACACAUAGCCGAAAACAUACAGGUUUUAAACCAUUUCAAUGUCAUAAAUGUUUACGGGCAUUUCAACGGAAAGUUGAUCUACGUCGUCAUAUUGAUACGCAACAUGGUGCCGAACAUCUUCAUGGAAAUCAUGCUUUAAAACCAGCAACUCAACAUUUCCAUCAAAACAGUAUCGCUAAUGAAAAUAAUCAUGGCAAAUUCGGACCAAUCGGAUCGUUAAUUCAAGAAUUGGCUGCACGACAUUGA